AUGACAUUUACCCAGUACUGUCAUCUGCCGAUUCGUGGACGGGCAGAAACGAGAGAGAAACCUUAUCUGAAAGACCUUUGUAAUCCGAGCAUUGAAACUAACAGCGAAUUGGCGGUAAACCCGCGUACGUACACGGAUGAAAAACCGUACCGAUGUGAGAUAUGUGACAAGAAGUAUAUUAGUAAUAGCAAACUGACUGUACACCAGCGGACGCAUACGGGUGAAAGACCGUACCGAUGUGAUUUAUGCAACAAGUCGUUCUCUCAAAGCUGCAAUCUGACUACACACCGGCGGACGCACACGGGGGAAAAACCAUACCGGUGUGAUGUGUGCGAAACAUCGUUCUCUCAAAGCUGCAGUCUGACCAGACACCAGAGGACGCACGCGGGUGAAAGACCUUACCGAUGUGACGUGUGUGAUAUGGCAUUCUCUCAGAGAAUCUUACUGAAUGUACACAAGUGGACGUAUACGGGUGAACAACAGUACAAGUGUGAUGUGUGCGAAAUGACAUUUACCCAGUACAGUCAUCUGCCGAUUCGUGGACGGGCAGAAACGAGAGAGAAACCCUAUCUGAAAGACCUUUGUAAUCCGAACAUUGAAACUAACAGCGAAUUGACGGUAAACCCGCGUACGUACACGGAUGAAAAACCGUACCGAUGUGAGAUAUGUGACAAGAAGUAUAUUAGUAAUAGCAAACUGACUGUACACCAGCGGACGCAUACGGGUGAAAGACCGUACCGAUGUGAUUUAUGCAAUAAGUCGUUCUCUCAAAGCUGCAAUCUGACUACACACCGGCGGACGCACACGGGGGAAAAACCAUACCGGUGUGAUUUAUGCAACAAGUCGUUCUCUCAAAGCUGCAGUCUGACCAGACACCAGAGGACGCACGCGGGUGAAAGACCUUACCGAUGUGACGUGUGUGAUAUGGCAUUCUCUCAGAGAAUCUUACUGAAUGUACACAAGUGGACGUAUACGGGUGAACAACAGUACAAGUGUGACAAAUGA